AUGGAGCUUGGAUUUGUAAGAGUUCUUCUCGUAUUGACAACUCUUUUUCUCCAGAGAAUUUCCUGCUGGAGCGACGUCGAGUGCCUCAGGGAGUUCAAGAGCUCGUUCGGGGAUCCCAUGCGCUUCCUCGACUCGUGGGUCUUCCCGCCGACAUCUAACAUCUGCAACUUCGCCGGGAUCACUUGCCUCCACCCGAACGAUUCCAGUGUGUAUAGCAUCUCUCUGCCAGCAUCCGGGUUCACGGGGGAAUUUCCUCGAGGCCUGGACAAGUGCUCCAGCCUCACGUACCUCGAUCUCUCACAGAACGAGCUCAGCGGCAGCAUUCCACCCAACGUUUGCAGCAUUCUUCCAUACCUGGUGGCCUUCGACAUCCACGAGAAUUCCUUCUCGGGAUCCAUCGAUACCUCCUUCAACAAUUGCACCUAUCUCAACAAUCUCGACCUGAGCGAGAACAGAUUCUCGGGACCCAUUCCCGGACAGAUUGGAGUUCUUCCGCGGCUAACCAAGUUUGACGUCUCCAACAACCAGUUCUCGGGGCCAAUUCCAUCAUCUUUAACCACGUUUGACUCUAGCGUCUUCGCCAGCAAUCCAGUACUGUGCGGUCAGCCUCUACGUAACGAAUGCCCACGCAGGAGCUGGCAAUCCGAGGUGCUGGAGGCUAUCCGAGGGUCCUCUCCAAUUCUCAUAUUCUCCAACAGAGUUUUCCAAAGACUUUGCUACGUGAGAUCCACGCCGUUGAAAAUUGCGCAACACCUGCCGUGGAUUCCUAGCCUUGACCGAAGAACGCAAUCUAGGCCGUCCGUGCGCAUUUUUCAUGGAAUUGGCUAUGGCGGCCCCAGAGCACACGCUAGGAUAAUGCAAAGGGAGAGAAGGCGGCAGGGCUAG